UUUUUUUCUAAUUUUUCUCAAAAGCAAGUUCUUCUUCAGAUUUCCGGUGCAAAUCUACAUUAACCGGGAACCGGUUUGGUUAUAUGUAAUCUAAUACUAUCAUACCGGUUCAGAGAAUCGUUUCCUCUCUCUAAAACCCUUUCGCGUCACUCUCCAGAGAAGAAAGAUCUCAGGAGCUUCAAUGGCUGGCUUAUUGAUUACUACUAUUAUCCAGUAAAAUCUACUAAAUUUCCUAUUUUGGUUGAUUUCUCAAGUUUGCCAUGGCUGUUGUGCUAAAAUCAAUUCUCAAAAACCAAACUUUGUUUAAUACUCUCUUGAAGAAACCACAAUGCGUCUCGCCUUUGAUUGUCUCCAGAACCUUAACUUCGGAAGCUCAUAAGAAGCCACUCUCUGUUUUUUUCGAAGAGGCUGUUGGAUUGAGACCCAAAUCAGAAACUAGCGAAAUCGAAGAAGAAGAAGAAGGCAACGAAUUGAAGAGGAAGCUUUUGGAAUUGGAGAGGAAACUCAUAGAACUGAAGAAAACGGAACCUGUGAGACAGAAGAAACAGAAGGAGAAGAAGGUUGUGACAUCUGAGGAGACUGAGAAGAGGCAUGAUAAUCUUUACAAGUUGUUUAAGGGAGAUGAAGAAGAGAAGAAAGAGGUAAAGAAGAAACGUAGUCAGGAACAAGAGGAUGUGAUUAGGGUUUAUAAGGAGCUUCCUAUAGAGAUGGUGUCGUUUGUGAGGCUUCUGCAUAAAGAAGGGUAUUUGAACAAGGCUAAUUUUAUCACUGGAGAAAAGUUGAAUAUGGGGAAUCUUGAUGAAGAGUAUUCUAGAACUUUUGUUAAGUUUGCUGCGGAGAGAUUUGGAAAAGAUUACCAGGAAAUAGCAAAGUGGUUAUCAGGUAGUGACCUGAAGAAGAUUGUGCUCUUUGGUUGCCCGAGUGUGGAAAAAAGGGCAGUAUUCGCUGCUAAAACAUUGCGCAACUUUUUUGAUAUCCAUGAGAAUAAUGUCUGCAAUAAAUGCGUGUUAAAAGAGAAGUGCAAGUUUCCAAAUCAGAGUGUAUGGGAUGGCAAAACAAAACACUUGCACUUGUCUGUUGUGAUGAAAGUCAUCACACUAUAUCCAUUAGACUUGACUCAUCCAAAGCUUCAAGUUCCUCAAGAGGUACAAGACUCAGUCGCAAGAUUGCUGACAGAGAUUCAGAACCUAAGCCGAACUAUCUGUACUCCUCUCGCAUGAGUUAUAAUAACCUUAUCAAAGAUUUGUUUGUAGUAGAGACUAUUAUGAAGAAGAGUCCUUCACACCCA